UAUAGCGACCCCUUGUAUUGUUUAUAUUUCAAUUGUAAAAGACCAAAUUAAACAUGUCGUAUUACCCGAAAGGCCACCAAUACAACCCCAAUGACGAUGAAGAUGUUGACGAUUUUGACGAGCAUGAUCCAACCCCAUACGGAGGUGGAUACGAUCUAGCACUCACCUAUGGCCGCCCUCUUCCUCCGUCCGAGGAAAUAUGUCACCCUCCCUGUUCCUCGGGUUCCUCUGGCAGCUACGGCUCCAAGCCCCACGGUAGUGGAUCGGGUUAUGGAAGGAGGAAUGAUGGUCAGUACCCUGCUUCUGGAUACGGGGAUGAGACGGAGCACGAUGGUCGUUAUGGAGGAGGGGGGUGUGGGUCAGAGUAUGGGUCAGGGCAUCCUAGGAGAAAUGAAACUGACGAAUAUGGUGGGGCACAUAAAACAUUUGGGCACUCGGAUCAUACUUAUCGUACACAUGAUAAUGCUGACGAUGACAAUAGGAGAAAUAUGUAUGGUAGGCAGAACAAUGACGAUGAUGAUGACAAUGAUCGAAAACCUAGGUAUGGUAGGAGAAAUGACGACUAUGACGACAAUGAUGGUCAGAGACCUAGGUACGGAAAGCGUAAUGAUGACGACGAAGACGACGAUAGCCGUGGUUAUCGUCGGCGGCCUACACAUAUGGGAAACCCAAGGAUUGUGUCAGCCGAAGCUCGAACGCACAGGCUUGAAAGAAAACCCACCGGGGCCCCACAUAGUGGAAAAUGUAAAUACCCCUGGCCACUGGGGUUUAAGCUAGUGGUUGACCGGAUUCACAACUAUUCACAACUAUUGAAUACGGGAGAUGACGAUGAUGAUGAUGAGCGGAGGAAUCGGCAUCAUCACCGUAGACACCAUAAUGAUGAUGAAUAUUAAUUAAUUGAACAUCAAUUACCGGAGUUCUUUUAUACG